UUUAGUGUCUAAUUCACCCAUUCAUUCUUUAACCGAAACUUAAAGAAAAUCAAACAAGCAGCUUGUUCCACUCUUUCUUUUUUUCUCUUUUUUAUUCUUCCUUGUAAUUUUCUUUUUCCCUUUCCUUUCUCUUUGCUUUCUUUACUUCCUUUACUUUAUUUGCUUUCUUUCAUCGAACUCAUCAACGUAUAUAUUAUACUACUCAGUAAAAGAUCCAAAUCUUUCUCACGCUACAGCCUCUCUUUCCCCUUGCUCAACAACACUCUUUCAGAACAAGGAAGUUAAUGAUAUCGACUUAAUUUGCAACUACACAUUAAUAUAAAUAAACAUGUCAGAUCCUGUAUCGCCUUUCGCAUUCACACCCCAAGAGUCGCAAAUGCCCCAUCCACAUACACAUGCCCUUGCUCAGACACAAUCACAUACACCAGACUCAUCCUUUGCAAGUACAUUCAUUCGACGCCACCGAAGGAGUAGUAGCGCCCAUUCCCAUAACAUGACCCAAGCGAAUACUCCAACCGCAAGUGUCACCCACGCUACAUCUAGUUCCAGCCCUACCCCACCAUCUCAUCCCGAGCAGCAUAGCACUCUGGCUGUUACUUCUAGGCCCAUGCCCAAGCUGUUCAAGGUAGAGAUUGCGAAUAACGGCGACUGCAAAAGUUCAAACCCGAUCUUCUAUCCAAGUGAUCUUAUCCAUGGAAUGGUCCAUCUCUAUUUGGAUAAACCCAUGACUCUACCUGCACUCAAAAUUGUCUUCCGUGGAGAGUCAAACUACCCAAGAUCAAACCAACAGGACCAUCUGGAUCACCAUAUGCGCAGACUCUUCAGUGUCGCUAUGACUUUAUGGGGCUCUCGGGAACCAUUGCCAGAGGACCAGUGGGGACAGUUGCCAGCGGGUAAUCACAUUUUUCCCUUCACAAUUCAACUACCCGACAAAAAUUUGCCAGCAUCUUUUGAUCACCCAUGGCUCAAGAACCAGUAUACUCUCACAGCCUACUAUCGAAGGCCUAAUGGACUCUCCAAAUGGCAGUCUAAGGCCAAACCAAUUAAUUUUAUGCCUCUCUCAACCCCUGGGCUGGAACAUGGACCAAUUCAGGAAUCAUGUCCCAAAAUGGGUACAGCUCUAUUAUUGUCUCAUCCGGAUUUGACGCCAGGGGGAAGAGUCCAUGUGAAACUGACUGCAGCGGCGGCGAUUGAUCGCUGCCAUUUUUCGCUUUCGAGACACAUUCGGGCCCGGAUCAACGAAACGACGUAUAAGGAAGACGAAGUUAUCUGUCAUUAUGAACGGAAAUCAAUCCCAAAGGGCGAGUUCAAUUUAGUACUGCCGAUUCCCAAAAUUACACCCCCUACCACAGAAUCCUCGGCGGCACUCAAGAUCACGUAUUCUGUUCAAGUAUCGAUCUGGAACGAGCGCUUCUUUUUCAAAACAGAAAGCCAUAACUUCGAUAUCCCAAUCGUCAUUAGGACACUGCCUUCAUGCGACAAUCGAGCGUGUGAGGGACUGGACUGGUGUGAACCAAGUGUGGAUCGACCCAUGUUCUUGACAGAGGAACCGAUGCAACCCUUACCAUUAUAUGACGCAGAGCCGAGUCCCCCAAAAUAUACCCUGGAUCUGCCCUCAUAUAAUCAAGUCCUUAAUGCAUGCUCAUCCGCUGUGGAGUCGAUUCCUGAUAGCAAUAGCAAUAGCAACGGCAAUGAUAACGGCAAUGGCAAUGGCAAUCAAAAUGACCCUACUCAAAAUUUCCAUCAUACCGGACAUGAAAAUGAUCAGGAUGAUCGCGCUUCGACCCAUUCUACAGAGACGACCAACAGUGAUGUAGAGGGCCAUGCACGCACCAUACCGGAUCAUCCUCAUCCUCACCAUCCAUCUUGCGUCUACUAUGUUGCCCCACUGGAUAGACUUGAGUACGGACAAACAAUUGAAUGCCAAGGUUUAUUGUCGCCACCAACAUCUUCAAGUAGCAACCAUAGCUCCAGCAACGAUAACACUAAUACCAACAACAAUAGUGAUCAACAUGCACUUGCUUCUACAUCUUCGUCCUGUUCGUUGAAUCAGGAUACAGAGUGCCAUCCUCAUACCAUACAUCCACGUGCUGUCGAUUUCUUCAAAGUCCAUACCAUUAUUGAACCAGCUUAAUCAAGUUUUAAUCCUCAAUACUUCACUUAAUCCUCAUUGUAAUUUUAUUUAUAGUGUAAAUAAUAAUAACAGUUUUGUUAACAAAAAAAAAA